AUGAAGAAAAAUUACAGCGUCCUAAAAGAUGAAGAUCAAGUUAACGAUUGCAAUGAAGGUAUACGAUACAGAGAAUACAAAAAGAAUAUUCGAAAUAUACAGAUAAACUCUGAACGGAUAUUAAGUGAACUUAAGGAAAAUUUAGUAUAUUAUGAGAACGAUAUGCAGAGAAAAAAUGUACAUGCUGACAGCAUGUCAGAAUUCUUCUCAAAUAAUAAAAAAAGAAUAAGUGAAUUAGAAAAUUUGUAUAAAAAUGGAAUUCAGAACUUAGAUAUAAUGAAGAAUUAUUUUAGUCAUAAUAAAACAUAUGAUAUAGAAAUUUCUAGAUUUUUCAGCAUUUUUGAUAAAUUUAGAAUUCAACUGCAGAAUUUGAAAAAUAUAUUUGAUAAAAUAUGUCUACACAAUAGUAGUCAUUUUUAUCAACAAAGAGAAUCUCCAUCUGUACUUAUUAAAAAUAAUGAAAUUAAUAAUGUCAUUAAAGAGAGAAGUGCUUUACAACAUUCUAUCACUGAAUUGGAUAAUAUGAUUUAUAUUGGACGAGAAACAAACUGGAGGUUAAAAUUACAAAAUUAUAAUAUCACACAGCAAAUGAAAAAAAUUAAGCUUUUAAAUGAUCAACUGCCAAAAAUUCAAAAAAUUCUGAAAAAUAUUAAGUACUACACUACCAAAAGGAUGAUCAUUCUCUCCAUUACCAUUGCAUCUUUUAUAUUCCUUUUUUUUGUGUUAAGGUAG